GUAAUUUUACUGUUGAAGCCCAAGCCUACUUCAAGCUCACUCUCAUUCUCCCCCCUUCCUCUCCACAAUCAAUCGUGGACCUCAGUACCUCACCGAUUGCUCCGCCUCGUCAGUCCUCACCAGAGAAGAUUCGAGUGCUUCCCCGUUGGUUUGCUUUCUCAAUUUGACGCCGAUCGGAUUCUCUCCUCCUCAAUUCGAUUCCUCCGGUUUAGCGAAUUGACACCGAUUGCUAUGGCUUUUCAGUUCUUCCACGAUCGAUCUCUGUCCUAGCCUUCUCUUGCUGUCGCUUCGUCCUACUGAGCUGCCGCCACUCUUCAGUUCGUCGGCUAUUGGUACUCUCCUAAGCUUCUCUUGCCACCAUUACGUCGUUGCUCGUCGCAACUUGAGCUCCAAAUCAGGUGCGACUCCUCUCUCUUGAGAAGCCAAAACCCCUAAAAAAUUUUUGCUCGACGGUUGAGCAGAAACUAGGCAGAACAAGAUGUCGUCAGUUGAUGAAUAUGAGGUGUUCCUAAGCUUCAGAGGGCCGGAUACCCGGCAGGGUCUCACCGAUGUUCUCUAUGACUAUAUGGACACGGCCGGAAUUCGUGUUUUCAGGGACGACGACGAGCUCGCCCCCGGAGAUAAGAUCACCAACAUCCUGCCAGCUAUUAAGAACUCUGAGCUAUGUAUCCCGAUUUUCUCCAAAACCUUUGCUGACAGCUCGUGGUGCCUUCGUGAAGUUGAAAGGAUGGUGGAACUUAAGAAAGAGAUCGUGCCCAUCUUCUACCAAGUAUCACCGAAUGAUGUUAAGCUAAACACAGAAUUGUUCCAGAAGCAACUGAAGGGGCAUGAGAAGAAGUACGAGAAAGGACAAGUGGAAAAGUGGGAGGAAGCUCUCAGAUCAAUCGCUAAAAUCAAGGGGCGAGAAGUGAUGACUACCGGCUACACGAAGUUUUGCAAGGUGUUUGUUGAAGAGGUUAUGAUUAAGCUGAAACCGAGAAAAAGAUAUGAUAUUGCUCCUUUGGUGGGAAUAGAUGGUCAAUUAGACUCUGCAAUGAAAUUGUUGGACAUUCAAUCAAAUGAUGAUGUGCGGUAUAUUGGAAUCCAUGGAAUGGGUGGCAUUGGCAAGACAACUCUUGCUAAGUUCGUUUUCAACAAAAUAUCAGCUCGUUUUGAUUGUAGUACCUUCCUUGAGAAUGUGCGAGAGAUUGCAGCGCAUCAUGGUAUUGAAUAUCUGCAAGAAACGCUUCUAAAUGGUCUUGACCCCAAGUUGACAAGACAAUUAGAUUUACAUGAGAAGAUCAAAAAGAGCUUUUGUAAAAGGAAAGUCCUUAUUUUUCUUGAUGAUGUUGAUGGUUGGGAACAAAUCGAGAAGCUUGCAGGAAAGUCCACAUGGUUUGGUUCAGGAAGCAGGAUAAUUGUGACAACUAGGGACAAAGACGUGCUGGUGAUUGGAGAAGAAAAACUAAACGAAGACGAUGUUUGGCAUUUGGAGAUGGGGACACUAAAUCCUGAUGAUGCAUUGCGGCUUUUCAGUAUAUACGCGUUUCAGAAAGAAUCUCCUCCUCCUGCUUUUAGAGAACUUUCUGAAGAAGCUGUUUCUGUAACUGGCGGACUUCCUCUGGCUCUUAUGGUAAUUGGGUCACUUCUCCACAACAAAGAUGGUAGGGUAUGGAAAGAUAUCAUAGACAGGUCAAAAAGAAUACCUUUGAAAGAGGUGAAGGAAAGGCUGAGAAUAAGUUAUGACAACUUAGAGCAUGAACAAAAGCAAAUAUUUCUUGACGUAGCAUGUUUCUUUAUUGACAUCGAUAAAACAAAACCAUUAUAUAUGUGGGAUGCCUGUGAAUAUUACCCACACUGGGCGCUUGGAGUCCUGUGUUCCAGGUCCUUGGUAAAGAUUUCGGACGGUGAUCGAAUAUGGAUGCAUGAUCAACUCAGGGACCUUGGUAGGGAUCUUGUUCGUGAGGAGAGUUUGAACGAUCCGAAAAAGCGUAGUAGGAUAUGGGCGCGAGAGGAAGCAAUGCAAGUUCUGAUGAGUAAAGAGGAAAAUGAGAACCCAGAGGGACUCAGGCUAAAUUACCAUGUGGAUGGAGACCGUUGGAGACUAAAGCGGAUUGGAUUAAUUGGAAGCUUAAAAAAAUUGAGAUUUCUUGACUUGGGAAUGGUGGUACUUCAGCAGGACUUCAAAGAUCGUCUUCCAAAUUUAAGAUGGCUUUGUUGGCGGCCGCGUGAUGGUAACAAGGGAAGGUCUGUCUCUAAGUUUUGUUUUCUCCCUGAUCCAUUUGGACAUGUGCCCGUUUUCAUUUCAAUGAAUUUAGUCAUUCUCGACUUCUCCUCAAGUCACAUCAGCGAAAAGUGGGAAGGAUGGAGCCAGUUGCAGAAUGCAAAGAACUUGAAAGUUAUUGAUCUCACAGAAGCUAUUUGUUUAGAGAGGACACCCAAUUUCCCUACUGGAAUGACUUUAGAAAGAUUGAUUCUUGCACGCUGCAAGUGUUUGGUUUCUAUUGACAGCUCCAUAGGCAAUCUAAGGUGCCUAAGGUACUUGAACCUUGAGCAAUGUGAUUCUCUUUGUGGAUUACCCGAAGAAUUUAGUCUCCUAGAAAACUUGACCGAGGUGGUUGUCACGAAAACAAGAAUUAAAUCUUUCGGCUUUCCGAAUUCCAUCCAUAAUUUAGUGCAGCUCAAGUGCGUCAAACUAAACAAUUUAGAACUGGGAAAUCUUGUCAACUCGCUUGAUGCGAUUGGGGAGUUGAAAUUACUGGUAGAAUUGGAUCUGGGAGGCACGAGAAUCGUUGAGCUGCCCCAAUCAAUUGGAGGACUGGAAAAUCUAAAGCUGCUUCUAAAGGGUUGUGAAGCACUAAAAGCACUUCCUGACUCAAUGGGUGGAUUGAAGUCACUAGUCAAACUAGAUUUAUCUGGGACCGAUAUAAUACAGUUGCCUGACUCUAUUGGGCGCCUGCAGAGUUUAGAAGAGGUUUAUUUGACACAGUGCAAACAGUUGAGACAGCUACCCGAAUCAUUAGGCGCAUUAGGGAAGCUCAAAAAGUUGGAAGCUCAAUCAGCUGAUCUUUUGAAGGGUCUUCCCUCAGAAAUGUCGGGUCUUUCCUCUUUGAUAUCCAUGGAUCUCUCACGAUCCAGAGUAUGUCAAUUACCCUCUUCCAUCAUUCAUCUCUCCCAUCUCCAAUCUCUCAGACUACAUGGUUGUUACAGGCUGGAAGAUGUGCCCGAUCUCCCGCCCAGUCUAACUCUGCUAGAUCUCAGAUCCAACUCCCCAAAAGAAGGUUGGCGUCUCUCCAAUCUGAUGAAAUUAACAAAUAUGAAAGUAGAAGGUCAUCUCUACUUAGACGGGAUUGGGAGCUUGCACCGUUUGACUGAGCUAGAGUUACGACUUUGGUCUAUCACCACCAUACCAAGUGAAUUUGGUUCCUUAUCUCAGCUCAAGAAACUUGUGUUAGAUUGCCCAAAAUUGAAGGAAGUCUCGCAGCUUCCUCCUAAUUUAGAGGAGAUGGUUCUUGACCAAACUAGCAUUGAUAUAGAUUUGCCCAAUUUCCAGCUUGAAGAAUUUAUACAGUUUACAAGUUGUCAACUGCUCGAAUGACUGGGCUCUUAGAAGACUCAAUGAUCUGCA